UGCAUCUGCAUGUAGCCGCAUGUGUCGGGGCAUUAACAGUGCUUCCACACGCACCGUUUGACGUACUUUCCUUCGCGACCGGUUCACGUGUGUUUUCGUACCAGCAAGCCGCUGAGAAAUCUUCCGUCUACGGCUUUGCGGAUGCCAGAAACGUUGUUUUCCCCGUUUGCUGCCUUCGCAGUCGAAGCACUUGCCGGACAACGCAUCCGCCGGCUUGUUGAAUCUUUUCGUUCAGCCACUGUCCCAACGAUGUCUGGUAUCUACACCAAGAAAUGUGUCGACGACGUGUGGGAUAUUUCGGAAGGUGCGCUUCCUUUGAAGCUGCAGCAGAUAGCUGAAGUUGAGUUGGGAGAGACUUCCGCGAAGAGAAGAGAAGCCCUAGAGAGACUUUCUCAACUCUUGGAAGCCGAGCCGGAAUUGAACGCUCAGAAUGACGCCGCCUUCCUUCUGCGUUUCCUGCGGGUGCGAAAGUACGACGUAGAGUCGGCCCUGCAAACCAUUCGAAACUACUACAGGUGCCGAGUGGCCAGUGCGUCCUCUUACCGAGAAUUACUUCCAAGCAAAGUGCCACCGGCGGCUCGCAAUCUGGUCAUGGUUCUGCCCGAGACGGAUGUCCAUGGGAGGUUGAUCCUACUCUGUAGACCAGGCUUAUGGAUGCCCGAAGAACUGCCUUACGCUGAUUUACAUCGUGCUUGCCUGGUCUGUUUGGAACACAUGGCGCCAAACCCUGCGACGCAAACAUCUGGAAUUGUUCUCUUGGUUGACUACGCCGAGUUUACGGCAGACAAGAUAUUGUCUGUGAAUAUAGGGCUUGUUAGAAAAGCCCUGGGAUAUGUGCAGGAAGGCAUGCCGAUGCGAUUGAAAGCAGUGCAUAUCGUAAGACAGUCAUACGCUUUCGACAUGAUUUACGCAAUCUUCAAGCCCUUCAUCAAGGCCAAGAUGGCCGAACGGUACCGCUUCCAUGGCGACAACUUCGAGAAGCUUCGCGAGGAAAUACCGCCCAGCGCGCUACCGAUAGAAUACGGUGGCCAGGGACCGCCACUCGACUUUGAAGCCUACUGGAAGCAGGUGGACGCGCAAGAAGAAUUUUUCGCACAUGGAAACAGCUUCGGCUACGCCACAGAGGCCAAGGAUGACCUGCUCGCUGAGACUGAGAAGCCGCGUGAACACACCUCACUUUGAUGAGAGUGAUAAGGCUAUGGAGAAACCCGAA